AGCAACCAAACAGACGAACGACACCUAUCACAUGGUGUCGUCUGCAGUUGCUACCUUAACCAAGUGACUCCAUUUUUAUUGCAUCUAUUCUUUAAUGAUAUCUCUCAACCGCCCUUUUCUUAUUAAUCGCAGCUUUUUCUUCAGCUGUUUGACUUCUGAAUAAUGUAUCUCAAGAACUCCAAACACAUUUGCCUAAUUUACCUCUUUUUCACACUACUGUUAUUAUUAUAUGGGGACAACCAGAAUCCAACCAAAACCCACCAAUCAAGUUACCUCAGCUCAACAUUUCACAUCAUAUCCACUCUUUUUCUAUCUCUCUAGGUGUAUAUUUUAGAGAGAGGUAGAUUGGAGUAGCAUCAGAUUCUUAAUUGGGACAAGACACAUCCAACAUCAAAGAAUAUAACUUUCUCUAGGCUUCAGUUGAGCUGCAGUUCAGGAAGCAAAGUCAAAAAGGCCCGAGCAAAAUGGUGGGAAUUUUCUCAAGAUUUUCUGUCAGUAAAGUUGGCCAUCGUCGGUCUCAAAGUGCCCUUGACGAGAGGGAAGUAUUGCCCCCUAACUUAGAGGCAACAGGGGCAGUUACCCUUGCAGGGGCAACCUCUGCUACCACCCAUGGGAUUGAAAUUGCCGUUGAAUUUAAGCCAGUAGAACAUCCAAUUGAACCUCAUGACAAUGAUCGACCAAUUCAAUGUCCAUUGCCAGAGCCUUCAAUUCUUAAUGAUGGGAGAAUAUGGAAGGAGCGAGUGUCUGCUGGAGCACGGAGGUCUGACCUGCCAGUUAUGCAAGAAGGGACUGCCAUAGAACCAGAGACCACUGGACCUAAGCCUCGGCCCCCUCCCCACCGUGUGAUUUUGCCAUCCAUCAGUGCCCCUGAGCAUAACAUCCUUAAGUUGCUUGAAGAAUCUGGAAUAUAGAAUUACAUGGUCAAUAUCUGAGCAUAACAUCCAUCAGUGCCCCUGAGCAGAACAUCCUUAAGUUGCUUGAAGAAUCUGUAAUAUAGAAUUACAUGGUCAAUAUCUGUUGCUGCAACCUGCACAGAAACCUCACUCUUUUCUGUUUUAUUUAAUUGUCUUCUAUAAAAUUUUCCUCUCUCCUCCUCCAGUUCCAGCUUUGUCUGAAAUGAUGUACAAGGAAACAAAAUUUUCACCAUAUGCAUGUACAUACACCGAUUUCAAAUCAUUCAUGUUUAUCAUUCAGAAAAUACAGUUAUUCCCAUUUACCUGUAAUAUUUUUCUUGUAACUUCUGUUACUC